CUUCCUUUCUUCACUGCCUACUCAUCUUCUCUCCUUCAGCCCUUGGUGCCGACCACUGCAACAUUCUGGAUCUAUAUAUAUUUUAAAAACGGAAUCUCUUCGUCUCUGCAUGGGAGCUCUAUAUUUUUAUGGGCCAAGUGAAAGUUUGAGAUAUUUUUGUAUUAGUUUAUAAUAUAUAAAGUUGCAUGGUGAAGGUGAGGGAUAUAUGGAAACUGGUGAUAGCUAGCUAGCAUGCAGAUGGAGGGGGAAGGUAUUGUUUGUAUUAUGAAAGGAAACAUGCGCGUCGGCGUCGGCGUCGGCGGAUAAAAAAGGCAGCCCCAAGAAGACACCAGAACCUAACAAACCUCAAAUCUUGGACUGCCCACCUUCUCCAUCUACUCUUUAGUUCGCUUUCUCCUCCUCUUUCCAGAAUCUCCUCUCCCCCCCCCCCUCUCUAGCUUCUUUUUUCCAGCCUCUUCUGGAUAUUAAUUUUCUUCGUUUUCCCCCAUUCUCUUCGUUUUUUCUCCUCUAAAAUUCUUCUAUUUCGGCCCGGCUUCCUCUCGUCGUCAUAUAAUCUCCAAAUCCAUGACCAAUCUGUUCCGUGGCUUGAAAUACGUACUCAUAUAAACGGAAGAAGCACGAGAAGCGUCCCGUUUUGGAACUCGAAUGGGAAAUUUAACGGGGCUUCUAUCCUCGAUGUUCAAUGGACUGGCAAAAUCAAUCGCAAUAAAGAAAGGAAGAAGUUCUGGGAGCUGUGGGGACAGCAGAGAAGCAGCGGAAGCCAUGGCAAAGGAAGCUAAAAGAAGGGACUUGAUGCUGUGUUCGUCUGGUACUGUCAACGCGGGUGGUUCAAACAACUUCGCCUCUGUUUUCUCCAGAAGAGGCCAGAAAGGAAUCAACCAGGAUUGCUGCUUAGUGUGGGAGGAAUUUGGAUGCCAAGAGGACUUGAUGUUUUGUGGGAUAUUUGAUGGGCAUGGACCAUGGGGUCACUUUGUGGCCAAGAGAGUGAGAGAGGCAAUGCCCCCUUCUUUGCUUUGUAACUGGCAAGAGACGCUCACCCAAACUUCUUCGCCUGAUCCUCAUGUUGACAUCGACAUAGAGGCUGAGAAAGAGCAACACAUAUUUGAUAUGUGGAAGCAUUCCUAUUUGAAGACUUGUGCGGCCAUUGAUCGCGAACUCGAGCAGCAUCGCAAGAUCAAUUCCUUCUACAGCGGAACCACUGCCCUCUCCAUUGUCAGACAGGGUGAAGUCAUAGUGAUAGCAAAUGUUGGGGACUCUCGUGCUGUGCUAGGAACAACAUCAGAAGAUGGAAGCUUGGUACCAGUUCAGCUCACAGUUGAUUUCAAGCCCAAUUUACCUCAGGAAGCAGAGAGAAUAACACAGUGUCAGGGCCGAGUGUUCUGCUUGGAGGACGAGCCAGGGGUUCACAGGGUGUGGCUGCCCCACGAAGAAACGCCAGGACUGGCCAUGUCUAGAGCAUUUGGCGACCACUGUGUGAAGGAGUAUGGCCUAAUUUCUGUGCCCGAGGUCACACACAGGAAUCUAACCGCUAGUGAUCAAUUCGUGGUGCUGGCAACCGAUGGGGUGUGGGAUGUAAUAUCCAAUGAAGAAGCAGUAGAUAUCGUGAAUUCAACAGCAGACAGAGCCAAGUCAGCUAAGCGUUUGGUAGAGCGUGCAGUGUUUGCAUGGAAACGCAAGAGGCGAGGCAUUGCCAUCGAUGACAUCUCAGCUAUCUGUCUCUUUUUUCACUCCUCCCCUUCAUCCCCCUAAAUAGAUUCAAUUCUAAUGCUAGUUGCAGUUGUUCCAUGUGAUUUUGGGAAGGGGGGGGUGUUAUAACUAACUAACCAGGACAAAUUAAUGAGCAAGUUUUUAACCUUUUUCUAGCCUCUA